AUGGAUCCGAUACAGUAUAUAUUCGAAAAGCUUACUGUUACUGGUAGAAUUUCCAGGUGGAAAAUGUUGUUAACUGAGUAUGAUAUACAAUAUGUGACCGAGAAAGCAAUAAAAGGGAGUGUUCUUUCUGACUACCUCGCUCACCUGCCUGUCGAAGGUUAUCAACUGUUGAGGUUUGACUUUCCAGAUGAAGACAUUAUGUUUAUCAGAGACUUCACUAUGCCAGGUUUCGAGGUAAACCCUAAGGAAGGCCCCGAACCAGAAUCGCGAUGGACGCUCAUGUUCGACGGUGCUUCCAAUGCUCGAGUCUACCAUCCGACGGUGCUUCCAACCGGUUUCCACCUUCCGUUUGCCGCUAGAUUGUGUUUCAACUCUACCAACAACAUGGAAGAAUAUGAAUCAUGUAUCUAUGGUUUAGAGGCGGCAAUCGACUUGAGGAUUAAGAUUCUUGAGGUAUUCGGUGAUUCAGCUCUAGUAAUCAGUCAGGUGAAAGGUGAUUGGGAGACUCGGGAUAGCAAGUUGAUACCUUAUGAAGAGCAUAUCAGAAAACUGAUACCCCAUUUUGAUGAAAUCUCUUUCCCUCAUAUCUCUAGGGAGGAAAAUCAGUUGGCAGAUGCUCUAACCAUGUUGGCAUCUAUGUUCAAAGUCAAAUGGAAGAAUGAAGCACCAUUCAUCCAUAUUGACCACUUAGAUGAACUAGCACAUUGUCUAGCAAUCGAGGUCGACCCUGAUGAUAAGCCUUGGUUCUACGACAUAACGACAUUUUUGGAGAAACGACAAUAUCCCGAGGGUGUAUCCAUUACCGAUAAGAAAGCUAUGAGAAGACUCUCUUCCAAGUUCUUCAGAAAUGGUGAUGUGUUAUACAAAAGGAAUUAA